GGUGGCGGCAGCUGCAGCAGUGGUGGCCAGAGCGGAUGCUUGCGGGCUCCCUGCGGCUCCACUAGUUUUCUUCGCCCCGCCCAGCGCCCACUUGUCUAGGCUGGGGAGGAAGACCAGAAGGUGCUCAGCUCGAAAACUCAGGUGUCUCAGCUUAGGGCCUCCUCGGGGAAGAGCUAAGUGCUCCCAGGUGAAGCCGGUGCCCGCGGGCGGUCCGUACACCCCGCAGCCCGCUCGCACCGCUCGAGAGCCUCGGCGGCUGUGUCUUCCACGCCUGCAGCUCAGCCAGGGCGCGCAGGGCCAGUGGGGUCCACUGGGGGGUAAAGGGGACCAGGACGGCGAGGAUGGACGCACAGACCUGGCCCGUGGGCUUUCGCUGCCUCCUCCUUCUGGCCCUGGUUGGGUCCGCCCGCAGCGAGGGCGUGCAGACCUGCGAAGAAGUUCGGAAACUUUUCCAGUGGCGGCUGCUGGGAACUGUCAGGGGGCUGCCGGAUUCGCCUCGGGCAGGACCUGAUCUUCAGGUUUGCAUAUCCAAAAACCCUACAUGUUGCACCAGGAAGAUGGAGGAGAGAUACCAGAUUGCGGCUCGCCAGGAUAUGCAGCAGUUUCUUCAGACGUCCAGCUCUACAUUAAAGUUUCUAAUAUCUCGAAAUGCGGCUGCUUUUCAAGAAACCCUUGAAACUCUCAUCAAACAAGCAGAAAAUUACACCAGUAUACUUUUUUGCAAUAUUUACAGGAACAUGGCCUUGGAGGCUGCUGCUUCAGUUCAGGAGUUCUUCACUGAUGUGGGGCUGUAUUUAUUUGGUGCAGAUGUUAAUCCUGAAGAAUUUGUAAACAGAUUUUUUGACAGUCUUUUUCCUCUGGUCUACAACCACCUCAUUAACCCUGGUGUGACUGACAGUUCCCUGGAAUACUCAGAAUGCAUCCGGAUGGCUCGCCGGGAUGUGAGUCCAUUCGGUAAUAUUCCCAAAAGAGUAAUGGGACAGAUGGGGAGGUCCCUGCUGCCCAGCCGCACCUUUCUGCAGGCACUCAAUCUGGGCAUUGAAGUCAUCAACACCACAGACUAUCUGCACUUCACCAAAGAGUGCAGCAGAGCCCUCCUGAAGAUGCAGUACUGCCCGCACUGCCAGGGCCUGAUGCUCACUAAGCCUUGUAUGGGAUACUGCCUCAAUGUCAUGCGAGGCUGCCUGGCGCACAUGGCGGAGCUUAAUCCACACUGGCAUGCAUAUAUCCGGUCGCUGGAAGAACUGUCAGAUGCAAUGCAUGGAACAUACGACAUAGAACACGUGCUGCUGAACUUUCACUUGCUUGUUAAUGAUGCUGUGAUACAGGCUCACCUCAAUGGACAAAAAUUAUUGGAACAGGUAAAUAGGAUUUGUGGCCGCCCUGUAAGAACACCCACACAAAGCCCCCGUUGUUCUUUUGAUCAGAGCAAGGAGAAGCAUGGAAUGAAGACCACCACAAGGAACAGUGAAGAGACGCUUGCCAGCAGAAGAAAAGAAUUUAUCAACAGCCUUCGACUGUACAGGUCAUUCUAUGGAGGUGUAGCUGAUCAGCUUUGUGCUAAUGAAUUAGCUGCUGCAGAUGGACUUCCCUGCUGGAAUGGAGAAGAUAUAGUAAAAAGUUAUACUCAGCGUGUGGCUGGAAAUGGAAUCAAAGCCCAGUCUGGAAAUCCUGAAGUCAAAGUCAAAGGAACUGAUCCUGUGAUAAAUCAGAUUAUUGAUAAACUGAAGCAUGUUAUUCAGUUGUUACAGGGUAGAUCACCCAAACCUGACAAGUGGGAACUUCUUCAGCUGGGCAGCGGUGGAGGCAUGGUUGAGCAAGUCAGUGGGGACUGUGAUGAUGAAGAUGGUUGCGGGGGAUCAGGAAGCGGAGAAGUCAAGAGGACACUGAAGAUCACAGACUGGAUGCCAGAUGAUAUGAACUUCAGUGAUGUAAAGCAAAUCCAUCAAGACACUGGCAGUACUUUAGACACAACGGGAGCAGGAUGUGCAGCGGCGACUGAAUCUAUGACAUUCACUCUGAUAAGUGUGGUGAUGUCACUUCCUGGGAUUUGGUAACUGAACUCUUCUGUCCUGACAUACCCUACUGAAGUCUCGAUUUCUUCUCUCUCUACAUAUGCCUGGAAUAAGAGAUCCUUUUUCAAUAUAACAAUUAUAUUUAUGAAAAGAUAUGUUACACUAACUUCUCAGAAGCCAAGCUGAAAUAUUCAUAAAGUCCCUAAAACUCAAUGUUUAAAUGACACACUUUAAAAAUAUGUCUUUUUUCAAUCUAACUGAAAACCUUCUUAACUUCUAAUAUAUUAAAUCUGAAGAUGUGAAAGGCAGAGAAGUGACUUUGAAUAAGAAGAAUUCAAUGUAUCUGUAAUUUUAUUAUCAAUUCCAAGCCCCUUCCUUUCUAAAUUAAAAAUGUUUUCAUUUGAAAGUGUGUUUGCCAGACAAUGAAAACAAUAUGCAGUAUUUCUCAAAGUACUGAAAUUAGAAUAUCAUGAAAUAAAUCAAAACAUACAAUGGCAAGUAGUAUGCAUGCAUAUUCAAGAGACUUCCAUUUUUGCAAGCUGUAGCAGGAAAUGUCUGAAUGUCUAUAAGUUAUGGGGUAGAUUCUUGAGAAGCAUUUCACAUAAUUUCACUGAAGAACUUUGAUAAUUUUGACCCACUGUAACUUAGCCACUGAUGAACCUUAAAGCUGAGUAUUUUAGUAACACCUGAUUUGUAUUCCAUUAUAUUCAAAAUGCAUCUUUGGUAUUGUGCCUCUGCUCCCGCCUCUCUCUUUGCCUCAUAGAUUUAGCUAUGUUGGGAACCACAUGCUUGCUCUAGGAAUAUCUCCAAUAAAUAAAUAUUUGGUGGAAAAAUUUGAAGAAUAUUUGUAUUUUCUUCAGGCAAAAAUGAUAUUUUCACCCAUUUUCAAAAUAUUAUGUACUACUUUUUAAAGCCUGAUGUUGAACAAUUGCCUACCUAUGCAUUUCUAAGGUUCCUAUGAAUAUCCGCAGACAUGUCCAGAAAAUAAGAUAUGCAACACUUUAGCUCUUUUGCUAUUUGCUCAUUAAUGGAGCUGCAAACCAACAGUCCCUAAUUUCUCAGUUGGGAUAAGUUGCCUCAAUAGACACUAAUAGGAUAUGUAUAUGGCUAUACUUGAGGAAAAGAGAAGUUAGUUUUUAUUAAUAAGUAUCACAUCCAGUCAACAGAGAGAAAAUAUAAUUAAUACAAAGUCACAGAAUAGAAAAGGGAAUUGCUGACCUCAAAUAAAAAAAAAAAAUUUGAAAUGACUUCUGACAAAGACGUAAACAAGACACAGCCAACUGCAAACAUUAAUGAGGUAAAAUCCAUUUCUGCCAAUCAGGAAACAAUGUAUGAUCAAACCCUGUUCUCUCUUAAGUUCUCAAUUAACAAAAUGAUCUAAGGAUGGUUAGUUUAAAUCACAACACUUAAGCUGCCCAAUCAGGUUUUACUCUCUGUUCAAACAUGCCUCACAACCGGAAGUGUUAUUCUACCUGUCAGUUCUGGAUGCCACUUUCCUAGGCUUCCAUUCCACACCUAACAUUCCCCGAUCCAUUCGGUUAAUAACUCAUUUGCACUCACCUUGACACACUCCACAAAUUACAAACUUAAACCUAUUUUGAAAUUUUUUUACUUCAACCUCAGGUCUUCAUUUAAAUCAGUCUUGGAAAAAAGUGAUACUAAGGCACUCAUUUGCUGCCCUCCAGCCGAAGUCAUGAUUGGCUUGCUACGGCAAAAUUUCAGACCAACUUAAGAGGAAUUUAAUUCUAAAGACAAACAAACUGAAGAGCAUGCUUUAGCAGUCUAAGAUAUAUGGAUAAAAUUAAUUGACAGAAGAUAAUUUUAGAUAUGGCAAGAAAUGGACAAAAGCAGAGUGGUAAAGUCAAUAGAAGAUAUGAAAUUUUAAAAAAAAACAAACUAAGUUUUACAUGCUCAGAUGGGUGUUAUCUGCAGGUGGGCGCUUUGGGGACUAUAUAAGCAAUAACGGUGCUGCUAGAGCUUAAAACACUGAGGGGUUUUCAGAAUUUCUUUAAGAGCCUAAGGCAAAAUUGUUAAUAUUCUCACUAAGGAUACUUAUCCAUUAAUACUUCCCAUUCUGUGACAUUUCAUAUCUACAUAGUUUCUUAUGAAUUACAAAGUUCUUUCAAAUGAGAGAGAGAGAGUAUCUCAUUGGACUUUCUUCGCCCCCUCAAAGAUAGGCUGGAUUUUCAGUCAAAUAAAAACAAUAAUGCUGAUUUUUUAUAUGGCUCAGAAUUUUCUUCUGGAGAGUUUUGCAUUAAUAAGGUCUAAGAAAGUUUUGAGCAAUGAUAAAAGUGUUGGAUAUAUGUCUACUUUCCAAGAUUAUUUAACAGAUUACAUCAGACUGAAUGUAUGUAUUUAAAAAUAUCACACACAUCUUAUAGUCACAUUUUAUGCUGGUGUAAUUUUUAAAAGAGCCAUAUUCUUGAAUCCCUGAGUUAUUUUUAUAUGAGUUUAAGUAAUUAUAAAACUUAGUCUGAUAUUUUGCAUAUAUUGGGGAGACUAGGUUUAGAAGCAGAACUAACAUUUACUUGGCCAUUCUUUGUAUAGGCACCAUGAUAAAUGCCUUUAUGCACAAUGUCAUUUAAUCUCCCCAAAAACACUGACAUUUCCAUUUUACCAAUGAGAAAACUGAGCUUAUAAAUAUUAGGGAAUUUGACAGAUGUCAUACAACUAGUCAUAACAGAGUUAGAUGGUGAGUAUAAUACCUUUAAAUAAACUGUGUACCUUCCUGGUUCAAAGAUACAGUUUUGGAACAACAGCAAGGAACUACAGAUUAGCACAAAAAUCAUUCAGAGACUACUUAAGUCUCCAAACUAGGAUUUAACAAAUACAAUUGGCUAUAGAAUAAUUGUCUAAUUAUCAAAAUGCACAUUAGUGUAGAAACAUAAUAAAAAGGAGAAGUGUAAACAUGGACUUUUUUUAGUACCGUUCAUUACCCUCCCAUAUAUUCAAAUCCACUCUAAACACAUCAGCCCUGAAAAUAAAUAAGCUGCCGAGAA